AUGGUGGAGGCUGUAUCGAAGGCAGUGGCGGGGACACUGUAUAAUUUUAAGAAAAGGUCAGAGAGCCUAUUUCCUUGGUGUGUUGCUGAGGAAACUAACACCCUUUCUUUCCCGUGGCGUGUUGCAGGCUGCCAGUUCUACCCGGCGGGCGAGUACUUGCGCUUCGUGCGCGUGCCGGAGAACGUGCCCGUGGGCGGCGAGGUGCUGCAGGUGGAGGUGCACCCGCGCCGCAACCUCACGCUGCAGCCCGUCGACAAGGCGGAAGAUGCUCGCUUCUUCACGGUGCAAGCAGUAAACAGCAACGUGGUCUCAGUGUUGCUGGCGCGACCGCUAGAGGCGUUAGUAGACAGCGAGAAUCCACAGAACGUUCUGAAGUUCAGACUCGUCUGUGAUUACAACGACGAUGAAGACACGCAGAUUUCUUCGUACCUUUCGGUGACUGUGUACGUUGAGGACAUCAACGAUCACGCUCCAGAGUUCGUGGACGCACCGUACCAUGUCACUGUGGACGAGCUUACGCCCACAGGUCUCACUAUUUUCCGCGGCAUUCACGCUGUGGACCGUGAUAAGCCCAACACGCCAAAUUCCGACGUCCAGUACACCAUCGUGUCCGGCAACGAAGAAGGGAAGUUCGGCUUGGAGAGCAGCCAUCGCGCAGCGCUGGAUCGAGGUUCACCGCCUCGUAACUCCACGACUACAAUUACAGUUGUGGUUUUGGACAAUGAUGAUCUCAGUCCUAAGUUUGCCAGAGACACAUACAGAACUCAAGUGACUGAGUUCUAUCCAUUAACUGGAGAACGCAUUCAUCAAGAACUGAAGUUCAAUCCUCCAAUCCUUGCAUUUGAUCAAGAUUUAGCAUUAGAUGUGCCUGUUAGAUAUGAUAUAAUUGCAGGAAAUGAACGACACUUAUUUACAUUAGAUGCUCAAAACGGAUCACUCUUCCUAGAACGAGAGAUAGAUUUGGAUAAAGAAAAGAACUUGCCAGGAAAUACAUUUGUACUUCAAAUUCAAGCCUCUCAAGUAGACAACCCUUUAAAAACUGGAGUAGCUAGAGUUGAAAUAGAAGUUCUUGACCUGAAUGAUAAUUUACCAGAAUUUGAAGUUGAUCUGUAUAACAUAAGUAUUGUAGAAAACCUACCCAAUGGAUUCAGUGUUCUUCAAGUUAUAGCCACAGACAAGGAUCAGGGAGAUAAUGGAGAAUUCAAUUAUCAACUGAAUGAUCCAAGCCAAGCAUUUAUAAUAGAUUCCAGAACUGGAUGGUUGACAGUCCGUGAUCAAGGAAUGUUAGACAGAGAAAAACAAGCUUCAUUAACUAUGACUGUUCUUGCAAAGGAGAAAGUUCCUAGUGUUGUUGCAGCACGAUCCAAUAACCAUUCGAAUGGAGAUUCUUCUUCUGUUACUGUGGAGGUUACUCUUCUUGAUGCAAAUGAUAAUAAUCCCAUGUUCAUUCCAAGUAACCUCUAUGAAUUUAAGAUAAAGAGUGAUGCAAAAAUUGGUGAUGUUGUUGGAAAGGUGACAGCCAUAGAUCCAGACUUAGGCCGCAAUGGCAUGGUAUUGUAUGACUUGCAGCGAACUAGUAAUUUUUCUUCUGGCGUUUCUCCUCUUCCUUUUGCGGUGGAAGCUCAGAGUGGUCAAAUAGUAGUUAUUGACACUCCACUCAUUGAAGGAAGACAUGCUCUCUUCAUUGAAGCUUCUGAUCAGCCUGCAAACCCUAGUGAAAGAAGAUUCUCAUUAGCAGUAGUGACAAUAGAAGUCAUACACACAACAGUUGCAGCUCAUCAUCACACAGAGCCUGAUUUUAUUGGUGCUCCUUAUGAAUUUUGGGUUGGUGCAAAUGUUGCAAUAGGAACAAGUGUAGGUCAAAUUCGUGUAACAGAUGCUGUGGAUAAAAAUCAUAUUAUUUACGACAUGUUACAUAGUUAUCAUGAUGGUGUGCCAUUUGCUGUAGAAGAGCGAUCUGGAACUAUUACUGUAGUUGAGGAAAUGGAUAAAUUUAAAAGAGUUUUAUAUGACUUUGAGGCUGUUGUAACCAAUGGGCAAGAUUUAACAUUAGUAACAAAUGUUACUAUUCAUGUAGUUGAUUUGGAAAAUGAUAAAGAAGUUGUUUCGAAGAAAUCUGGAACAACUCUUGAAUUUAGAGUCCAUGAAAAUUUAUCUGGAGCACUUGUAGGGCAAUUAUUGGGUCACAAUAACACAACAGAUCCAAAUCGUUGGAAGUUAUUACAUUUCAUCAUUGCAAAUCAACAGGAUGUUGCUGAUAAAUUUGCCAUUUCACAAGAUGGAUCUAUUUACACCCAACAAGGUCUUGAUAGGGAAGAACAAGAUGUUUAUAGACUUACAAUAAUAGCCCAAAAUGAUCGUGGAAUCACACGGGGAGAUGAUUUAUAUCAGGUGAAAAUUCAAGUGGAGGAUGAGAAUGAUAAUGCCCCUUUAUUUGACCAUGAUUCAUAUGAAGGUCAAAUUAAGGAAAAUUCCCAUAGUAACACAGAUGUUAUCCUCAAACAUCCUAUCAAAGCAUCAGAUCGAGAUACUGGCGAAAAUGCUGUAUUUUCAUAUAGUCUGCAUGGUGAUGGUAGUGAUAUUUUUGCUAUUGAUCAGACUGGCAGAGUUUAUUUUAAAAGAGGAACAAAUCAUUCAUUAGACCGUGAAAAUAAAGCACUCUACACUCUCACAAUUGUUGCUCAGGACAGAGGAAAUCUAAGUUCAGAAGCAAAGCUAACAAUUCAUGUUGAAGAUAUAAAUGACAAUGCUCCAACUUUCACACAGUUGAUAGUUCUUCAUGAUAAAGAUGUGGAGAUAGCUGAAAAUGGAACCAAUGGAUUUUUAAAUUUAAAAAAUGCUACUGGAUCAGAUGUGUAUAAUAUCUCAAACAAUUAUAAUAACCAGAACAACAAAAAGCAUACUCUUCCUCUGAUAAUGAUUCCAGAAAAUAUUUCAUUAGGAACAGCAAUAUUGAAAAUGGUGGCUGUUGAUAAUGAUCUAGGAAAGAAUUCAAAGGUCACAUAUGCUAUGGUGUCUGAGUUUCAAUUACCUAGCAAUGCUCAUACAACAAACAAGCUCCAAAUGUCAAGAAAUUACUUCAUGGUUAAUCCAUCAAGUGGCGAGCUCUCAGUUGUAAAGCCAUUGCCAUCGGAGUCUGAAUUCCAUUUAAACAUUACUGCAACUGAUGAUGAAGGCCUGUUUGAUAGUAUCACUCUACGAAUUUUUGUGAAAGAUGUUAAUGACCACACACCAUCUUUCAAGAAAUCAUGGUACAACUUUGACCUCUUUGAAGGUCAUUAUUACCAACAUCCAUUAGGAAAAAUUGAAGCAACUGAUGAAGACUAUGGAGAUAAUGCAAAAAUAAAAUAUUCCAUCUUGAAAACUGAUGACACAACACCCUUCCCAUUUACAAUUGGACCUUUAGAUGGUGUUUUACAAGUAACAGGAGAAGUGGAUAGAGAAAAACAUGAUGCUUAUAAAUUUAGUGUUCAAGCAAUAGACAAUGGACCUAUAACUAAUCGCAAACAAGCAACAGUAGAUGUAGAAAUACAUAUUUUGGAUGUAAAUGAUAAUGCUCCAGUCUUUUAUGGGCAUGAAGAGAUUUUAGAAAUAGCCCAUAGAAGAGGUGAAGGAGAAGCAUUCUUGAAUUCUGACACAACAUCUUUACCCGUUUACUAUUCUGCUGUAGUUGAAAAUAGCCCAAUUGGAACAUUUGUUUCAAAAAUUCUUGCAAAUGAUUCUGAUUUCACUGGUAAUGGAAAUGGUCUUCUGUUAUUUGACAUUCCUCGUCAACUGAAUCCUGAUAGUUCUGAUUUAUUUACAAUAGAUUCAAAGGAGGGUAUCAUAACUACAAUAGGAAAAUUAGACUAUGAAAAGCAACAAGCUCAUAACAUCACAAUUGUAGCAUCUGAUCUAGGUAAACCAAGCUUGAGCUCCACAGCAAUUUUAACUGUCUCGGUUAUUGACAUUGCUGAUGAAACAGAAACAAUUGCAAGACCUAUGUUUGCUCAUCGAUAUUAUGAAGUUGAAGUUGAGGAAAAUAGUGCUGUGCCUGUCCCCUUACUAAUUCUGAAUGUUACUGAAACAUACCGAGGCAUAAACCUGAAGUUUAGUAUUGAAGAAGGAAACGACAGUAAAAUGUUUGAAGUAGAUCCAAAUAAUGGAACACUAUAUUUAGUCUCCAGUCCUGAUAGAGAGAAGAAAUCCAGAUUAGAAGUUAAAGUGAAAGCAGAGAGUGUGAAAAAAGGCAGAGCACUUCCUGUAAUGUUAUAUCCUGUUCAUCCAGACAGAUUUGCUGAUCUUGCUCCCAAUGAGGUAAAAAUCAUAGUUCAUGUAAAAGAUGUUAAUGACAAUCCUCCAAGAUUUCCUUCAAAUGGUCGACCCAUAGUAGCAGCUAUUCCAACUACUGCUAAUUAUGGCUACCAAAUUCUACGUUUACAGGCUUAUGACAAAGAUGAAGGGUUAAAUGCUGACAUUCGGUACCAAAUAAUGGGAAGAAUUGAUGAUGAAUCUCACAAAUUUACUAUAGAUCCUGUGACAGGGCAAGUUCGUUCAAUUGUCAGUUUUGCUCGAGAUGCAGGACGAGUAUAUGGAUUUGAUGUAAAAGCAACUGAUAAACAAGGAGCAGAUGAUGGAAAAUCAUCGAUUGCCAAUGUAUUUGUUUAUGUAUUGGAUGAAGAGAAACAAGUGAUAAUGGUGAUGGGAUCUAAGCCUACAACUAUUGAAAGAAAUAUGAAAAACAUUACUUCAGCUCUUUAUAAUGCUACGGGUUUGGAUGUAAGAAUACGAAAACUUGAGCCCCAUACAGAGAGAGAUUUUGAUGAAGGAACUGCAACUGAUUUAUACCUUUAUGCUGUCGACCCAUUAAUGAAUGCUAUCGUGGAUAUGGAUACAUUGCAACAUGUAUUCAGUGCCAAACAAUCAGACAUAAAACACCAAUUGGAACGAUAUAGAGUUCUUGACAUUACAAAUACAGCUUCUAGUGUGGUUAAAUCAAGAAGCCAGCGUUAUUUGCUCUCAUCUCUUGAAGUGGGUGUUGUUGUACUUGGAUGUGUGGUAUUCAUAGGAGCUUUAGCUGCUGCUAUCUGUGUUGGCUGUGUACGGCGGGGAAAACAAAAGAGACAUUUACAAGGUAAAUCAUACCAAUCACAAAUGGGCUUCACAAUAACUAAUCCUCAAGCAACGUUAAGUGGAGGAUCAAAAUCACACCUCUUUUCUUCUUCAUACUUGGAUGGAAUGGGUUGUGGUGACACCACAGACACUUAUGUGGAUAUGCAUUCUAACAAGUCUUUGAACUACAACCAUGUGCCGCAUAAUACCUAUCACACAAGACAUCAGCACGACGUUAAUUGCUCGAGACAUCAUCACAAUCGAAGACGUAGUGCAAUAGGAACAAAAACUCAUGUAUCUCGUUCUACAAGCAACAUUCCUGGUCAUCUGGAAGCUUCUAUGACUUCACUGCAUUCCAGUGGAAAAGACUCAGGCAUUGCGGAUGGAUUACGUCAUGAUCACGGGCGUUGCAUUUGUGGACAUUCCACUAGUCAUUCAUCUGGAGACAGUAGCAACUAUGAAGAUUCUCUGAAGUCAAUAAACCAACAACACAGUGGUGGAAGUUCUAGUGGAAAUCAUCGGACGAGUUCCAUGGCUCGUCGCAGUCAUCUAGCCCCUUCACGACGACGACAGCGACACAAUUCUGUCAGUGGAGACCUUCUUCAGAUUCCUCAGACACAUCAAGUUCCAUCUCAGCAACAAGCAACUUCAAUAGUAUCCACAUUAGUGCGCCGUCAGAGUGAUCGACUGUCAUCAUGUCCAAUUGCCAAUUAAGACUAACUUGUGAAGUAACAGAGUGCCUGCUGUUUGGUAUGAUUAUUUUGAAUUAAUUUAAUGAUGUUUAAGUUGGACUGAUCCAUUGCACCAUAUUUGUAUAUCAAAAAAUAGAUAUAACAUAAGACCAGUUUACCUUAAUGUAGGAAAUAUUUGAUAAAUUCAAUUCAAUGAGCAGUUCUAUUGCACAAUCAUAUUUAUAUGCUUUGUCACUCAGAACUCAAGUUCAUAACUUUCAGAUAUUCCUGAAUCUUAUCUGAAUUAAAUGUUUUGAGUGAAAUUCUUGCAGUAAAUAUACUCUAAUCAUUAUUCAUGAAACAAUUGUGAUAAAUUUCCAUAAGAUUGAGACUGACUGAGAAAGGAUUUGACUGUCAUAAUUUUAGGUACAAGUAGAUUGAUGUCUUGUGCCAAUGAUUGUAUGUAUUUACAUUAUAUCUGAAAAUGUACAUAGAAUGCACUCCUACACACAGCUCAUGUUAAGAAGAUUUUUUGUUUUUUGAUCAGUUUUCAUUCUAUCACAAUUAAACAUCAUUGUUUUUUCAUUUGAAAAAUAAAUUACAUAUUCUUGAAGAAAUUUUCUUUUUUUAUAAAAUUGUAAUGAGUAAUAAAAAGUAAAUAUUUUAUUUUAGAACAAAGUUUUUCUCUCAAAAGGCUUUGAGAGAAAUUCUAACAACAGGUAAUUUUACAUUUCCAUGGAAAAUUUCUUCUUUUCUUCAUACAUUUAUGGUGCUUAAUUGUCAACCAAUGGGAAUGGGUCAAGUCUGACAAAACCAUCAUCAUUCACAGAGAGACAUAUUUCAUAAAGACAAUGGCAAUGGUGGUAGUUCAUCACAGGAAAUCUGUACGUUACAUUCCACCAGUCACAAAGUAUAUGUACCUGUGAAGCCAUGUAUUUUAUAACAUUAUGUAAGAACAAAUAUUUCUAUAAAAUACCUUAUACUAAGGGUUACAAAGUUAAGGAUGAAUAUUUUACAAUUUUACAUUGGCAGUGAAUAAUAGAAGUAUGUUCAGAAGAACAUAUUUUCACGUCUUGAAAUACAAUUACAUGCAGAACAAUCUCAAGAGGAUUUAGGAAAGUUAAAAUAUUUACUUUUAGAAAUAUAGUGGAGUGAAUCAUUCUACAGGAUCUGACAUAAUUGGCAGUAAAAAUGAUGAUUUCAUUUGCCAUCAUGACAUUCAUGUAAGUAUUGUAAAUAAUAUAUUGAAUUUGUCAAAUAGAUUUUAAAAAAAUAUUCAUAUAUGUAACAGUUUGUAUGGGUAUAUGCAUAAUCAGCAUUUAAUCAUGUCAAGCAGUUUCAAGAAGCUGUAUAAACUACAGUUACUCAUGGUACUGUCUUCAGUAAUGACAAAGCAUCAGUUAUGGCAUAUUCAAAUAUCAAAUCUGUAAAACUGUUUCCGAAACAGUAUUAUUUCUAAGGAUAUAUACAGAAUGCAGCAAAAGCAGUAUUCUUGGUACAAGUAACAAGUUACCACUAUUUUUUGGAAUUUGAAAGUGUUCAUCGUUUAAAUGCUUAAGUAUAGACCAUUAUGUAUGAUGUUUGUGCUCCACUCUCCUGUAAAUACUACAUUUUGUGCAACUGUCCGACAAGGGCCCAAUUCAUUUGUAAUAUAUGUGUGUAUUUUUAAUUAUAAUAAAUGCAUAGAUUUUUUAUUUAUUCGCAUUAUUUUACUCCCUUAUGCAAAUAUUCCUUCACAUGCUACAGUACCAAGAACAUAGUAUUUU